AUGUGCGUCCAAGGAAUGCACUGGGGGUUGAAAUACAUCCUGCAAGGGAUCCGACCCCACACUUUUGAAGAACUUGCUACCCACGCUCAUGACAUAGAGUUAAGUAUGGCUUCAAGUGGGAUGCACGGACCACCGGUUCAAGAAUCUUCAAAAGCAAAAAGAUACGAAAAAUAUGAUGCCGUAAAGAAGGGGAACAACGCCCCUAUCAAGUCUUUCAGAAAAGAAGCCUUGGCCAUAAAAGCGACGACCAAAGCACUAGUGAAGAUCCAAAGUAAAGAAAAUGAAGUUGCGAGGAAAAGACAAUCAACUCAGACAGAAAGACCGCCAAGGCCAACCCUUAAAGAGUUGCAAUCCAAAACUUAUCUUUUCCUGGAUUCUGACGUCUUGGGCAUCUUUGACGAUCUACUCGGAGAAAACCUCAUUGAACUUCCGAAUUCAAAAAGGCCGGAGGAAGCUGGAAAGGUUGAUGACUCAAGAUACUGCAAAUACCAUCGUGUCGUAGGACAUGCCAUCCAUAAUUGUUUCGUCUUUAAAGACAAAGUCAUGGAGUUGGCUCAUGAAGGAAAGAUCAACCUUGAAGACGAUUCUGUUUCUGCUAAUGUCACUUCAAUCAUGUUCGGGUCUCUCGAAGUUGACAUAAAAGACAAAGAAUCAUAUUGCCUCACUACCGAGAAAGGUGGCAAGGCGAUCAGAGACAAAUCGAGUGAAGAAUGUGCCACGAUAACUUUCACUGAUGAAGAUUUGAUGUUAGGAUCCAAACCCCAUAAUCGUUCAUUACUGGUCGUGGGUUAUAUCCAUGAACAAAGGAUUAGCCAGAUAUUUUUAGACGGAGGAGCCGCAGUCAAUGUCCUUCCUCUAUACACAUUGCAAAAAUUGGAAAUACUAGUAGAUCAGUUGUUCGAGAGUCGUAUGACAAUACAUGGAUACAAUCAAGAGGGGCAAAGAGCACUUGGCACCAUAAGAUUGAGACUGUUAAUCGAUGAAAUGGAAACUAACCCUUUGUUCUACGUGAUAGAUGCAAAGACAUCUUUCAACGUUCUUUUGGGAAGACCAUGGAUACAUGAGAAUGGUGUAGUUCCAUCAACGUGGCACCAAUGCUUCAAAUACACUCAAAAUGGAGUGACAAAGAAAGUUCUCGGAGACACAAAGCCAUAUGCAGAAGCCGAGUCACACUUUGCGGAUGCCAAAUAUUUCUCUACAAAAGCAAAAAAAUCCAAGGUACAUGAAGAUGUCAAAGCACCACAACCAAACUUGGGGGCAAAGUCAAGAAAUAAAGAAAAAACACCUACCUCAGGUUCUGCAGACUCAUAA